GUAUAAAGGAAGCAGGCAGCUAGCUGAAGCUGCAGAACAUUUCACCCAUAAAGGAGUAAAGGAAAUGUCAUCACAAUGUUACCUGCCACCUUCUCCACCACCACCACCACCACCUGUACCUCCUGCUUCAGCACCUAAGAAGAAGCUGUAUCAGACUUUGGCCGGUGUCAGGAGGCCUGUGGAGGGGGAUCACACAGAGGCCCGACUACUGCUCAGCCAGAGGGAGAGUCGUUUUCAGAAGGAACUGCAGUGGGUAUUGGUGAACACCUAUGUGCCCUCCCUCAUCCAGGAUGGUCCGCAGUGCGGUCUGGUGGCUUUGUGGAUGGCUGCUCACCUUCAGCAGCCACAGCUGCAUGUUGACAUGGAAACUGUGGUCCAGGUGGCAUUGAAGAGGGGCUACACUAUGCAGGGAGAAAUGUUUUCAGCUAAGAAUAUGGCUCUGCUUGCAGAGGAGGUUUGUGGCUGCAGGGCAGAAGUGCUGUCAGGAGGUUUAAAUGAUCACAAUGCAGCCGCCAUCAUGACACACCUGUGGAACAGACAGCCUGUUCUCAUCCCAUAUGAUGAGGACUUCAACCAUGAGCCAUGCCAGCGCAGCGGGCACCGGGCGCAUUGGGCUGUAGCUUCAGGUCUUCUCCUCGGUUUGGAAGAAGGGAGCCUGAGCAGAGAACAGACUCGGCCUGAUUCCACUUUGCCGUGGCUUUGCCUGCCCAUCGACACCACCUGUCCUUGUCCUGUAGGCAUAAAAAGGAUCAGAGAGGCAUACAUCCUCACCAAGCAGGGCAAAAGUCUUCGCUACCAGCUAUGGAGUUUAGAGAGCAUAGCUCAAAGCAACGUGCAGCUCAGAACCAUGGAUCCUCACAGAGUUAAUGAUGGAACCCAGUACGUGGUUCCUGAAGGAGGGGUGGAAGCUGGGCUGGCAGGCCAGGCAGUACUGAUCCACACGGGAAAACACAAGCUGUAAACUGGGUGAAAAUUCUGGUCUGCUGAGGGCUAAAAUAGACUCAGAAUGCAAAUGAGUUCUAAAGAUUAAUCAUACGCCUUUUUUUGUUGUUUCUACCUACUGAAAAUCAAUGAAGUUUGUCCUACUUGCCUAAUUUAAACACCCAAAGCAUGUGACAAAAUGCUGCAGCUGAUGGGAUUGAAAUUACACCAGUGUCAUCGCACUGCAGUUUGUCAAACUAUCAGGAGUCUUUUUAAAUAUCACAACCAACUCAGGUGUCAUUACUCACAGUUUAUAGAUCUGUUUUCCAGUUUUUCACCAGUUAAAGGUGCCGGGUGUACAACUGCAUCCUCUUUGGUCCUAUCUUCCACCCAGUGCAAAAGAACGCUCAGUGCAAGCAUUAAUGGUACUUUAACACCCAACACUGUUGUGGUUUUCACAUCCAAUGCCUAUAUCGUAUGAUAUUAUGCAUUAAUAAUUUCAGUAUGUUUCAAAAAAGGGCUGCUUGUCAGAUUUUUCCAUCAAGCAAAUGUAUUUUUCAAAACAACUCCCCAAAACCCCUCAAACCGUAAUUUUUUUCCUCAAGCAACUUUAAAAAAAAUACUAAAAGGCUAAUACUAAAAGGCCCCACGUCAUUUAUGACAUCACUAUAGAAAGUGUCAUGGUGUAUUGUCACUGUAUUUUAACCAUCAUCUCGAUAAUCCUUAAUUAUUUUCAGUCAAGGCCAAUUGAUUGAUUGAUAAUCCUUUAUCUGACAAAAUUGCAGUCAGAGAAUAAAAUAAUUUUUAUGACCUGAAUGGUAAAAAAAAAUAAUCUAAAGGGACUACAACAUAUUAGUAAACACUCAUGAGAAAAAACAUUUUUUUUGUCUUACUACAUAACCUCAGGGAGCUUUGGUGGACGCUGUCCACUCCUGCAUUCUGACAGGAUGGCGCUGAUCCAUUAACUCUCCAGAAAGCCUCUUAUUUUGGUCCGCUUUUUCAAAACCAGAGUACUGUGCACCUGACGCACUCUGUCUUAAAGAGAGUGACAGAGGACACUUUUAUUUCUGGUUAUUUCAAAGUGACAGAGGACACUUUUAUUUCUGGUUAUUUCAAAAGCACACCCAUGACUAAAGAAGAGGAUAGCUCCAAACCCUUUCCACCCAGAACCAAUCUUUACACUUGGAUUUCAUGCCUUCUAAACAGAACAGAUAAUUCAGACGUGCCAAAUUGAUUUGCACUGCGUACGUGUUUUAUAGGCCUCAUAUAAUAAAUGUGUUUAUUUGUUCAUA